CUCUUUGUCAUCAGUUCAUCACCUUUGUAAAUAAAAUCAUCAAAAUGUCAACAAACAGAACAAGUACGGUCAUGUUCAUUCAUGUUUAUUGAUGUGUUUCGACAACAUCGAGACUCGGUUGCCAAAAAAAAGUUAAUGUCAUGUCAGUGUCAUGUCAACUCCACAAAGGCACAAAUGCGAGUUGCGACUUGCGAGUGUUUUUAGACUUUUGUUACUAUCGUUAUUAUACUCUUUGGUGUAAUUACCGGUGUUUUCAUCUGUCUGUGCAUAUUAUUUAUUUCACGCCGUGCUUAUUUUGUUUUGGCUUAAGUUCUACAAUAUUUAGAAAGAACUUAUGAGAAUUUAGUGAAAAUGGCAAUGUGGAACUUCAGAACUAUCUGAAAUAUAUAUCACAACAAUUUGUCAAGAAGUGUUCAGUCUGUGUAAUUCUUCCUAAAAAGUUCAAGAAUGACAGCAGUAGAGAGUAGCGACGUGCCCCGCUUUGAAGUUGAGAAAGCCGAGCCCACAAGCACUGCGGAGGAGCUAUCAGCCGCCCAGCGCGCUCGCAUAGAGCGCAACCGUCUGCGUGCGCGGCAGCUGCGGGACGCACGCCUUGUGGCCCGGCCCAAUGUUUGCGAGCGCAUUCCUGCGCCCACCGCGGCCACGGACAGCGGCGGCGGGUUCCUGCCUGAAGAGGAGGAGUCUACUCUCCCAGUGCGGGCCGUCCCGCAACCUGCGCCCAUCGUAGACCCGACGGAAAGACCGCAGUGCCUCGAAUGUGACCAACUGUUCCCUGAGUCUUAUCUCUUCGACACAUUCGGAUACAAUGUGUGCGACGAGUGCAGGGACGACGACGGUGCGCACGCUCUAAUUACACGCACCGAAGCGAAGAACUCAUUCUUCUUGAAGGACUGCGACCUAGACCUGCGGCCUCCGGCUCUGCGCUUUGUGCGGCGUCGCAAUCCGCACGGGUCGCGGCUCGGUGACAUGCGACUGUAUCUGCGCGCGCAGGUGGAGGCACGCGCACGACUGGUGUGGGGUUCGGACGAGGCGCUGGAGGAGGAGCGCGCGCGCCGCGAGGAGGCGCGGGUGCGCGCGCGACACACACAGACGUCGCGAAGGCUGCGCGCGUUGCGAAUGGAUGUGCGCUCCAGUCUGUUUGAUAAGUCACGCGCCGUGCACGAGCAUGCUUUCGGUGAUGAGAAGUACGACGAGGCCACCGAUUUAUAUUCGCGUUCAUGCACUUGUGGUCACACCGAAACUUAUGAAAAAAUGUAAACAAAGGUAGUGUGUUAUUCUUCUCAGUAAAUGAACUCGAUUCUUUAUUAUUUAAGUGCGUACUUUCUACAUUUUACAACAUAUGAAAAGUUUUGAAUGUGUAUCUGUUAAAUAUAAAUCUUUACUUAUCUACAUAAUUAUAGAUCUGUUAAUUUUAGUUAUCUCAAGAUUUAUAAUGAAACUUGGGAAACCGCCUGUAGUGUGUAACAUCGCGUGUACAGUUAUAGAUAUACAAUGAAUUUUUAAGAAAUAGUUAACAAGGUAAUG